AUGCUCUCAUCUCAAACGAUAUUUACGAGCACGCGGCCGUUUGACAAGGCUGUUCCCGCCACACCUUUUCUUGGUUGUUCUCGAAGGGAUUAUGCAUCGUACACAUCGCAUAUGCGAUGCGGCAUAAACUGGGGGCUAACCAACAUCUUAGAAGAUUUAGAUUAUGCCGAUGACCUAUGUCUGCUAAGUGACACGCAUCGCGACAUGCAAUCUAAGUUGACCUGGAAUGCAGGGCUGGAUCUGCGAGACUCAAAAUUAACACCCAGAACACAAAAGAAAUGCGUGUAG